AUUCCUCGGUUCUGACAGUAAUAGAUCUGACAUUUACUGCUAAAAUCUGACUGACUCAAACCAGUCACAACCAGCCCCUUAAUUCAACAUUAUUCACAUCUGAUUUUGCAACUAACUUUUUGUUGUUCAGAGUGCUAUGUAUGCCUAGUUAAGGGUAAGCUCUAUGCAAUGCUCAUGCAAAAUCACUGAAACGUUUCAGUCAGUGACCGCCAUCAGUCUCCCAAAGCACUGUAAAAGUUAUCUCUGACCAGUAGCGGUGCGUGGGUAAAUUCACUGGGGAAGCCAAGCCAGGAAAAAAGUCAUAUUACAGCCUGUGUUGAGAUAAUUGAGUUGUUUGCUCUAUAACCCGUUAGUUAGUUCACACGCCACCGUGAUAUAUAAUACGGCCAAGACUACAAAAAGACAACAGUCACAGUAGCUGAAUAAAUUCAACCACACGUUUGUUUCAUCAGAAAGAGCGAAUUACGUUUUGUGCUAAAUUCAUGGUUUCUGUUUUCAGUACUUCAGCUCAGUGUCAUACAACAUGAGUAGACAUGACCAGUGUUUUCAUUCAGGAACUCAUGGAUCGGGGCUGGAACUAGUGCUUUUGAGGGGCCGACCUCCGAGGUUUUUGUUUGUUCUGGGAAAAUAAGCGAACUUACUACACUUCAACACAUUUUGCCAUGGUGCAGAGAGAUAAAUGCUAAUUUCCUGCAAUAUUACACUCUUUGUUAUGAGACAGAGACAUUUUCUUUAGCUGUUUUAUAGCUCAUCACAUGCUUUUGUUCACAUUUUGCCAUGUACAUUUUCUGAUUUUCUACACAUUUCGCCAUGAGGCUGAGAAGAAAUGUUGCAGUAUUAAACCUAAUUUCCUGCAACCCCCCUAAUUUCUGUCUUUUCAUGUCUCCCAUUUUUACAUGCAUUGAACUGCUGUGACUAACAUCUGUCCUUUACAUAUCCUUUGUGCCUGGUCACUGUGCUAUUAUCCACCUAUUUGCUAUUAUCUUGUUCCUCUCACCAUUUAGGAUGUAUCCAUCCUUGCAGCUGGCCUCCACUCAGUAAACCCUAAAGAACACAACCUCACCCCCAGCUCAUUCCUCCUCCACAUUACCCCCAUCUCCUUCCCUCCACCAUCUCUCCAGCCAAUCAGGGGCCUUGAUUCCUCUGGGCCAAUGGGAUGGCUGGGAGGUGAUGUCAUGCAGUAAUAGCUGGUUGUGGUGCUGAUGCUGCUGAGAGAGCAGCCCAAACAGCAGCAGAACGACAGAGAGAGAGGGAAAGAAAGAAAGAGAGAUAAAGAAAUAAAAGGAGAGUAUCACCAACAUUGCUCAGCACAGGUGUCCUUAGAAGAUAAACAAGAGGCAGAAUGACUCUCGCAGCCUACAGAGACAAGAUACGGGAGCUCCCUCUAGUGUCCAUCUUCUGUUCCUGCAUCCUACCUGAAGCCAAAGAAAAGCCCACCAAGAAAGAUGUGGUGGACCUGAAUCUGUGCAUCAUCAGGGACAUGGAGGUGAUUGAGCUGAACAAGAGGAGAUCCGGCCAGGCCUUCGAGGUCAUCCUAAAGCCCCCCUCGUUUGACGGGGGUCCGAACCCUCUCGCCACCACACCUCCACGCAGGGAGCCCUCCCUGGAAGAGAUCCAGAGAAAGCUGGACGCCGCUGAGGAGAGGAGAAAGUGCCAGGAGGCUGAGUUGCUGAAGCACCUGGCUGAGAAGCGGGAACACGAGCGUGAGGUGGCCCAGAAGGCCCUGGAGGAACACAACAACUUCAUUCGGCUGGCCAAGGAGCGCAUGGAGCUGCGCAUGGAGCACAACAAGGAGAAACGGGAGGCACACCUGGCCGCCAUGCUGGAACGCCUGCAGGAGAAGGACAAGCACGCUGUGGAGGUGAGGAAAAACAGAGAGCACAAGGAGGAGAGCGGGUAGAGAGAGAGAUGGAGACAAAGAAAGAGAGCCCGUGGUGCCUCUGUUUUGUUGCGUGAGAAUAGGAGAGAAGAGAAGAGACAAAAUAAAGAGACUAGCAUGACAGGUUCUUAAAAUGGACAUGGGAUUUGUUUGACAGAUGAGAAUCCACAAUGAUGAGGUUGAAGUAGGAGAAGUGCACACAAAGCGGUUUCCUGGAGAGACAGAACAUCAAGAUGUAGUUUUGUAUUGCUCUUGAGUGUAGCGGAGUAUAAGAGCACUAUGCAUCAUUUAGUAGCUAAUUACACCUUCUGUAGACUGGGUAUUUAUAAUAGACCUUGAACACAUUCUUAUUUGCAAGAAAUCUAAACAUAGCUUACUUUUUAAAAGUUCUGGUCAAUAAAAUCACUGACACAUAUACUUCAAUUUAAAGCAUUCUACACAUCACGUUUGUUACACUUUUCGGCAUGUUAGCUUGUGUACAGUACAUAAAUAGUCAUUGAAUGGGAUACUGAUGCUACCGACUUCUAUCUCUAUCUAUCUCAAAUAGGAAAACUCCUAUUUGCGUUAAUUAUCUCUGUAUUUAUUCUGUAGUCAAUGGCUGUUGUGUUUCACUGUGGUGAGUAGUGUAGUGUUGAUUGUGCAUGGCUAGUUUCUUUGGUGUUUUUUUCAGAUAUAGUAGAUUUGAUUAUUAGGGGAAUAGACUGUUUGCACUAAUAUGUACCAGUUACAGAUGUAUGUGAUGUGUCACUCAAUAUCAAUUUAAAAAAGUACAACAUCUGCAUAAGA